GAGGUUGCACGCUUUGGUCUCGCCUGCUGCCUCAGUGCUACGAGCCUGCUAAACGCAGAGAAAAGUGCGUUGUUUUUAAGAAAACCGACGGCUCGCUGGAUUUGCGACCCUUCCACAUGCCCUCGUGGAAUUCAAUUUUGUACGGCCCGGAACGCCUGGGACACCAGACAAUUUUGGUUCGCGAGCAGAAGAAAAGGGUGACCGCCGUGCUCUGCAUCGUAAUCGUCCUCGUGAUGAUCGCCUUGUUUCUGGUCUCCGCGGCACUCUCCAUCGCUGCCUUGCAAACACCGCGACACCACCAACGCACCACGAUGACGACCACGACGGAGACCAGGAGGGAAGUCGUCGACUGGACGCCGCCGCUGCGCAGGGACAGGUCCAGGAGGACAUUACAGCCGAGGGCAAUGUUCGAGGCGGAAGCGCCCGAUGGCCCGCUCCGUGACAGCCGGUGCGUCGCACCGCGCCUGGUGCACUGCUCCAGCAAUCUGACCACCCUGGUGAAAGACCACGGCUGGUUCUACAUGCCUGGUGCCGGUCACCCCGGCGGAUGCAUCGAGUGGCUGCCCGCUCACUUCUGUGCCGCUCGCGAAGGCUUCUCCUCGGGUGGAGGGUACCGGUACAACACCACCGAGGAGUGCAGCUCGCUCUGCGAACGAGGGAUGCCGAGGAAGGAUUGCACGCAACCGCUUCCCCUCUCGGCCAUCUACAACUGCACGCACUCAGCGAACCAGAGCCAGCAGCACUGGUGGUUCUACGAUCCCGUCAGCCACGCGUGCCGAGAAUGGAAGGACGUGUGCGUCUACAAGUCGUACGCCACCAUGGCCGACUGCGUGCAGGACUGCCUGACCUAACCGCCGCACUCCUGACGGACCAUGCGCCUAUACACGUGCGCGAGCCGAACGCUGCGGGGAAAAAAAAUAUCGUGUGCCUACGUAAACACUAUGCGCCGACCUAACGUGUACCCGACGUUGCCUUUCUCGUAUUUGUCUGUGCUUUACGAAUGAAAUAAAUUGCGCUGAUAUCGUC